UUUCCAUUUCACUCUGUGCCUCAACUAUGAAGACUGCUCUCUGCCUUGUCGCGCUUGCUACCCUCGCCUCUGACGUGCUGGGCCAUGGCCGCCUCCUCAAGCCGCCUCACCGUGGCUACAUCGGUCGCCUCCCCGGCUACCAAUUCGUGCCCAUCAACUACUCCGACAACGGCUUGAGUGCCGGGGGCAUUGGGGCGACCAAGGACGGCCUCCACGGCGUCUGCGGAGACCCGUACACGGACAAGGUGCCCCGCCCCCACGAAAACGGCGGACUCUACGGCACGUUCGCCACCGAAACCUCCCGCGCGAUCGGGGCUUGCUACAGCCCUGGCUCGACCGUGGACGUGACGGUCCAAGUAACCGCCAACCACAUGGGGUACUUUGAAUUUGGCUUGUGUAAGCUCAACAAGAAGGACGACGUGGAGACUGAAACGUGCUUUCAAACGUUGGCGCAACCGACGGGGGAAACCCGCUGGCCCGUGCCCGCGGGCAACCUCGACUUCACCAUCAAGAACGUACUGCCCAAGGACGUGACGUGCGAAGGCGACGCCCACUGCGUCCUCCGCUGGCAUUACGUUGGUGGCAACAACUGGAACGGCGCUGCUACCAACCCCAACGCCGGUGUGUGGGGCCAAGAACAUUUCUGGAACUGCGCCGACAUCUACAUCAGCAACACGUGCGGUGCGGCCCCUCUUCCGACCUCCGCCGUCCCCGUGACCACCCAAGCCACCGUUGCCCCAACCACCGCCGCGCCAGUCUCCACGGCUGCCCCCGUCACGACUAAGGGCACCACAACGGUUGCACCUGUCACUGCCGCGCCCACCACGGCUGCCCCCGCCACUACUAAGGCCACUACUCUUGCCCCUGUCACCCCUGCGCCCACCUCGGCUGCCCCUGGUGACAAGUGCCAAGGAAACCGCAACACGUGCUACUGGCCUGAAGCCCGCCAAACCGUCCCGUAUGCCCAAUCCGACUGCGCUCUCUUCCCCACGUUUGUGUGGUGCCCUUAAUCACACUUCGUUUUACGGUCAAGUGGCGCAGUAGACUUAAUCAAGAUAAUUUAUGUCCAUUUGCGUGAUGACAUUUGCCACGGAUGGCAACUGAAC